AUGCAAUCGAUCUACAACAAGCUCGCCGGGAAGUCCGAGUACAGCCAGUCGGACGUGCCUGACAUGCAAGGCAGAGUCGCUGUGGUUACUGGGGGUACCGUUGGUAUUGGAUUUGAAGUUGCCAAAGCCCUUGCUUUUGCCAAAGCGCGCGUCAUCCUUCUCUCCCGCGGACAAGACAAUGCAGAAGAAGCUAUCUCCAAUAUCAAGGCGUCGCAGAGCGCGAGUGGAGGAUUAGUAGACGUCACCUGGGUCUCGUGCGAUCUCGGCAGCCUAACGCAAGUGCGGAAAAUUGGGGACCAGCUCCGGAAACAGGAGGAGCGCCUCGACCUUCUUUUCUGCAUCGCCGGCGUUGGUGUCAACAAGUACGACGUCUCCUCGGACGGCAUCGACCGCCAUUUCGCAGUGAACCAUCUCGGGCACUUUCUUCUCACCAAUCGUCUCCUGCCGCUCAUGCGGCACACCUCUACUUUGCCGGGGGCGCCAGCACCGCGUGUCAUCUGCAUGUCGUCGUCGCUGCACACGUCCGCGCCGUCUUCCGUGCGCUUCGAGUCCGUGGACGAGAUCAACACGGACCUGGGGUCUAUGCAGCUGUACGCUCGGAGCAAGCUCGCGAACAUACUGUAUGUCAAAUACGGCCUCAUCGAGCGUGUAUUGGACCCGGCAAACGAUCGAAUCCUCGCGCUUGCGACGCACCCGGGCGCUGUCCACACCGGACAACAGGACCAAUUCAAGGAGGCGUACGGCGAAGUUCCAGGAACCAUCAUGAAGCAUGUCGUCACUCCGUUCAUGCGUUCGCCCGACCAAGGCAGCUUGAGCGCCCUGUGGGCGGCGACAUGCCCGGAGGUAGAGGAACAUAGCCCCAAGUGGAACGGCCGCUACAUCACGGACCCCGGGGAAGCAAGCAAGGAGAGCGAUAUGGCUCGCGAUCCAGAACUAGGGGCAAACUUGUGGAGGCUGAGCGAGCAAAUUGUGAAAGAGAAGUUGGGCGAAGAUUCUCUGCUGCCUUGGGACCAAAGCAAGCCGUAA